AUGGCUACACCUUCCGCCCCUACGAUGAAGGCUGUAGUCUUCCACGAGCCGUAUAAGGUUGCUGUGGAGGAGAGGCCUAUUCCUACAGUGCAAGAUCCCGAGGAUGUAGUAAUCAAGGUGGUAUACACUGCGCUUUGUGGAAGUGAUUUGCACACCUACCGUGGCGUUGAGCCUGCUUCUCCGGGCUUCAUCAUGGGCCAUGAGUUUGUGGGUGAGAUUGUGGAGCUUGGCAGUGCGGUUAAGACCUUCAAGAAGGGGGAUCGCAUUGUCAGUGCCUUCACUACAUCCUGCGGCCACUGUUACUACUGUAAGCAAGGAUUCUCCUCGCGCUGCGAGAAGAGCAAGCUAUUCGGAUGUGAGACCUUGAAUGGAGGCCAGGCUCAAUAUGUACGAGUGCCUAAUGCCGAGGGCUCGGCGAUGAAAGCUCCCGAAGGCGUGGAUGAUAAGUAUCUCGUGCUAAUGGGUGACAUCUUCCCGACGGGAUACUUUGCCGCUUACAAUGCGUUCAAGAACUCGACGGCUGAGCAGAUCGCCGAGCAGACGGUGGUUGUUAUCGGGUGUGGACCUGUUGGUCUUUGUGCGCUUAUCAAUGCGCUCGAGUUCAAGCCUAAGCAUGUUCUGGCCAUUGAUUCCGUUCCGUCGAGAUUGGAGCUUGCUAAGUCGCUUGGCGCAGAGCCGUGGAACUUUAUGACGGAUCGGGAGGGGUUGGAUCGUCGUGUCAAGGAGUUGACGGAGGGGAGGGGUGCUGAUGCUGUUAUUGAGGUUGUGGGAUUGAGUCCUGCGUUGAAGACUGCGUAUGAUUUGUUGCGGCCUUGGGGUACUAUUAGCAGUGUCGGGGUUCAUAAUGCUGAGAUUCCUUGGGAUGGCUGUGAUGCUUACAACAAGAACCUUACUGUUCAGAUGGGCCGGUGCCCUGUUCGAUCGGUUGCUCCGCAGGCACUGGAGGUUCUGAAGAAGAACCAGCACAAGCUUGGAUUCAUGACUGAGAAGAUGAUGCCGCUGUCGCAGGCCGUGGACGCAUAUGAGCUGUUCAAUGCGAUGAAGGUUCAGAAGGUGAUCUUCUUGCCUGACCAGUAG